UCGAAGUAGAUGGCCCCACUGGUGCCAUUGCCGGUUUCCCCUGCUGGCUCAUGGUGGUGGCUUCGGACCGCAGCAAAUGCCACUCGCCCAGGGGGCGCCUCUCCCAGGGCUGCUCCCCCGGGCCCCCCUGCAGCAGCUCGGCCAGGCUCACAGACCACCAGGCACUCCCCCUCCAGCAGGACGGGCUCUGACCCCUCCUGGGCCCACCCGGCCCCCAGGGCCAGAAGCACCAGAGCCAAGAGCAGCCCGGGACUGUGUAGGGGACCUGGUAGCCAGUGUGGCUUGGCUCCCAACAUGGUUGAGGGGCUCUGCAACCCACAAGUGCCCCGGUCUUCUGCCCCUCUUCUGUUUCCGCUCCUCUCCCUGGACUCUCUCCGCAGGCACCCUGAUCGUCUGCCCUCUCUAGGCUCGCCGAACCCCCUCUCCAUACCUGUGUCCCAGCUCUGUCCUGCCUCCCACUCUUACUCCUGCUGUCACUGCAGUUCCCUCCUCCUUGGCAGAGCAUGCAGUGACAGCAGUUGGGCUUUGGGAGAGAGAGGAGGGAUGAAGCCGCCUGCCCGCUGGACGGGAGGGCUGCAGCCAGAGCUUCAGGGCAGCCCUGCUGGACGGCACAGCACUGAAGGCUGGACCGAGGGGGAUGGAGAACAUGGGCUGGGGGCAGCAGCCAUGCCUACCUGGGGGGCCCGCCCUGCGUCCCCAGACCGCUUUGCGGUGUCUGCGGAGGCUGAGAACAAGGUUCGGGAACAGCAGCCCCAUGUGGCGCGCAUCUUCAGCGUGGGGGUGAGCGUCCUUCCGAAGGACUGUCCGGACAACCCCCACAUCUGGCUGCAGCUGGAGGGCCCCAAGGAAAACGCCAGCAGAGCCAAGGAGUACCUGAAGGGCCUCUGCAGCCCAGAACUGCAGGAUGAAAUCCACUACCCGCCCAAACUGCACUGCAUCUUUCUGGGAGCCCAGGGCUUCUUCCUUGACUGCCUGGCCUGGAGCACGUCAGCCCAUCUGGUGCCCAGGGCGCCCGGCUCACUGAUGAUCAGUGGCCUGACUGAGGCCUUUGUCAUGGCUCAGAGCCGGGUAGAAGAGCUGGCAGAGCGGCUGAGCUGGGACUUCACGCCAGGACCAUCUUCCGGAGCCUCUCAGUGUACUGGAGUGCUGAGAGACUUUUCUGCCCUGCUGCAGUCCCCGGCGGAUGCCCAUAGAGAGGCUCUGCUGCAGUUGCCCCUGGCUGUCCAGGAGGAGCUGCUGAGUCUGGUGCAGGAGGCGUCCAGUGGGCAGGGGCCAGGAGCACUGGCUUCUUGGGAGAGGCGGAGCUCAGGCUUGCUGGGUCCUCAGUGCCAAGGAGUGAGAGCUCCCCCUAGUGACGGCAGGGAGUCCCUGGACACUGGAUCUAUGGGACCCGGAGAUUCCAGGGGAGCAAGGGGAGACAGUUACGCUGUGGUGAAGGAGGGAGGGAAACAGGGUGGUCCCAGGGAGAUGGAUUUGGGGUGGAAGGAGUUGCCUGGGGAAGAGGCCUGGGAGAGAGAAGUGGCCCUCAGGCCACAGUCAGUGGGUGGAGGGGCAAGGGAGUCAGCACCCCUGAAAGGGAAGGCCGUGGGGAAGGAGGAGAUAGCUCAGGGAGGAGGAGGGUUCUGUGUCCACCGUGAGCCUGCCGGUGCCCAUGGCUCCUGUCACAGGGCAGCUCAGUCCCGAGGAGCCUCCCUCCUCCAGCGGCUCCACAAUGGUAAUGCCUCUCCUCCGAGGGUGCCCAGCCCUCCGCCUGCACCGGAACCCCCAUGGCACUGUGGAGACCGGGGUGACUGCGGAGACCGGGGAGAUGGGGACAGGGGAGACAAGCAGCAGGGCAUGGCACGGGGUCGGGGGCCUCAAUGGAAACGAGGCGCCCGAGGGGGCAACUUGGUGACUGGCACACAGCGUUUCAAGGAGGCCCUGCAGGAUCCUUUCACCCUGUGCCUUGCCAAUGUGCCUGGCCAGCCAGACCUCCGCCAUAUUGUCAUUGACGGCAGCAACGUGGCCAUGGUGCAUGGCCUCCAGCACUACUUCUCCAGCCGGGGCAUUGCCAUUGCUGUGCAGUACUUCUGGGACCGUGGCCACCGUGACAUAACUGUCUUUGUGCCUCAGUGGCGCUUCAGUAAGGAUGCCAAAGUCAGAGAGAGUCACUUCCUGCAAAAGCUGUAUUCCCUCAGCCUGCUCUCCCUCACACCCUCACGAGUCAUGGAUGGCAAGAGGAUCUCCUCCUAUGAUGACAGGUUCAUGGUGAAGCUGGCUGAAGAGACAGAUGGGAUAAUUGUCUCCAAUGACCAGUUCCGGGACCUGGCGGAGGAGUCUGAGAAGUGGAUGGCAAUCAUCAGAGAACGCCUGCUGCCCUUUACCUUUGUGGGAAACCUCUUCAUGGUACCUGAUGACCCACUGGGGCGAAACGGCCCCACCCUGGAUGAAUUUCUGAAGAAGCCAGCCAGGACACAGGGGUCUUCUAAGGCUCAGCAUCCUUCCAGGGGCUUUGCAGACCAUGGUAAACAGCAGCAGGGGAGAGAAGAGGAAAAAGGUAGUGGUGGCAUUCGGAAGACCCGGGAAACAGAGCGGCUCCGGCGGCAGCUGCUGGAGGUGUUUUGGGGUCAGGAUCACAAGGUGGACUUCAUCCUGCAGCGGGAGCCAUACUGCCGGGACAUUAACCAACUGUCUGAGGCCCUGCUCAGUCUUAACUUUUGAGCCUCACCUGCUUGAGUGGCUGCCGCCCUGUCAGCUCCAGCUGCCUCCAGCUCAGCCCUUUCUGUGAGAGUCCCUCUGCUGCUCACACUCUGAUCCAGAAGCACCCUGAGCUGGUGCUUUGGAUCAGGGAAGCCACUUUGGGACAGGUCCAUAAAGUGACCUGAUCUUACCGAGUCAGGACCUCAGCCAGCUCUCAUGAGGUUCUGCUCAGCCUUAACUUCUCAACUUUGCCUUAGCACAGGGUUUCUGUAGGGAGUGGGGGCUGCUAGAGAGGAUUAGUUCUGGAGACUGAGACUGUUGGCUCCACCUCCAAGCUGAGGUGGGGUGGAGGGCAGGGUGGGCAGGAAGUGACAGGAAGUUAAGCUGUUCCUCUCCCUGGCUGCUGCUCUGGAUGGCCAGAGAACAAGAUGCUCCCUUGCUGAGCUCCUGGGAGCAUGGAAGGAGAUGCUAGGCCCUGGCACAGCGUUAUGUGGACUGGGCCACGAUAGGGUGGAAUGAGCUAGUGAAGAAGGCAGGAGACUUGGCUUCUGGUCUCAGCUAUGCCUGUUCGUGGCCUCGAAUGAGUUGCUUGGGCUUUACUUCCGCCUACAAAUCAGGGGUAAAAAUACCUGUUGGGAGGAGAAAUGAGAACAUAGAGGAAAGCUUCUUGGAGGAAAGGUGCUUGGACCAAGUCUCAGGUGUGUCUGCCUGUGGCUGCACAGGCUCUUUAACCGAAACCUCACUUUCAGAGAGAUGUGGGUCCUUUGUCUCCAGGGUCCACACCCUAGAUUUUAACACUGCAUUCUCACUAUAACAUGCCCUAUAAUGGCUGCAUCCCUUUUGAGCAACCUCCAAAAUCCACAUUUACACAAUAGGUAAAUUAGGGAUGACUGCAUUAUCAAAAUACUCUCAGGGUUCCUAUAAAUGGCAGCUCUCCUGUUGUAUUCAAGUGUUUGUUUACAGACUAACAAAUGUGUUGGCAAAUCCCCGGUUAGAUGCACUUGCUGGUGUUGAGAUGAACACGUCGAUUUUUCACCAAAUCGAUGAAGCUAUGCUCUGCAAUGACAAUAUUAAUGUGAUCCGACCCUAACAUUUUCUCUAUGGAAGACAUAUGUUGCAUAAAGCAAGGCACACUUCUGCUUUAUGUGUGUGUGGGGAUGGGAGGACUUAACGGAAGUUGAACCAGUUGGUUCUAGAUGAACCAAUUAUCUGGAAAAUGAAAGAACCAGAGUUGGAAGGCACUUGACUGGCCACCAGACCAACUCUGCUGUUACUGACAUGCCCUCUCCACCCUGAUUCCUAGAGGUCAUUGCCCUGGAUCUGCUUGAAGUCCUCCUGUGCCGGGGAAUUUACUAUCUCCAGAGUAGCACAUUACCUGUGUAGAUGGUAUUAAUCAGUACUCCUUGCUUUAGUGCAGCCUAAAGUAUGCUUUUCUGUUACAUCUACCUUUGAGGCUGGUCAUACCCCCAGGAACAAUACAGAGCCAGUCAACUUCCUGGAAUCCAAGACCAGAUAAAGAAGUAGGACAGGUGCCCCUGGGUUCUGUUUUGUGUGGGCCUGUGGCGAGUCUCUGGACAAGAUCUUUUCCAGGCCCUGACUUCUGCCUCAGAGCCUCUGAGUGGCACAGGGAGUUGAAUACUGCAUGGAGAGUGUAAUGAUGAUGGGGAGGGUUCUUGUGUCCUCACUCCUCCCUUUUUGGUGAUUUACACCACUGUACCAUACUGACCCGGGCUGGGGGCAGGUGUGUUGGAGACAGGCUGGUCAAAGAGGUGACAAUGAUUAAGAGAAAACCCAGAGGUCCCUGAGAAGAGAUUGGUUAAUAUGGCCUGAACUGGUGGCUGGGGGAACUGUGUCUGGUCAAGUUAUGGCAGA